AUGCUUAGCCUAAUUGGUUAUCCCGAGUUCAUCUAUAAUGAUGCUGAACUCGAUAAAUUUUAUAGCGAAUUGAACAUUUAUGCAAAUGAUUCUUAUAUAACAAUGAAUGGGAAAAUAUUACAAUGGACACAAGACAAGAAUUUUCGAAAAUUGUUGGAGCCUACGGAUAGAGCGGAAUUCGUAAUUUCUUCUUCAGUUGUCAAUGCAUUUUAUACGCAAACUGCAAAUACAAUCAGUAUCUUUUCCUUUAUCUGA